AUGGGACACUCGGAGAAGUAUCAACUGUCAAAGUAUUUGGCUGGAAUAUAUUGUCAUCCUGGCAGCAAUCAAGUGAUCAAGGUGGCGCCACACAUCAAACUAUCGCCCGAAUAUAUAUAUAACAAAUUAUGUUAUGCCACCUACCGUCUUAUCGAUAGCAACUCAUUCCUUCAGAUUGGUGUCAGCCACCUACAUUCACAACUACCUCGCUAUACUCGUUUCCGCGAGUUUGACCUCAGUAAAGUGGUGAGCGUGGUCGAAGAUCGAUUCUGGGAGCCAAAGGACCGCGAGAGACUGAUUGAGGAGGCAUGCCAUCAACUGAUCGUCCCUGACGAGACUACACCAAUGGUGCGUGUUCGUGGAGUCUGGCAUCGUGACCGUCCCCACGAGAUAAUGGUUGACAUCACAUUGGAUCACCUGGCAGGCGAUGGAUUGGCAUUCAAAUACAUCGUCGAAGACUAUGUCUACUACGCUAAUCAAUCAGACUCGCAUCCAAUCGACAUUCCCGAAUCAAACAUCAUCGCUCUCUCCGAGAACAAGGACUUCAAGAUCAUGGACACGCUCGAGGAGAAGAACCCAACGAGGAUCGGCUCGAUCAAGAGGCUGGGUAUCCUCGCCCACCUCCACUAUGUACCCGCGGCCAUCAAGAGACAGUUCAACUCAUUCUGGGCUGGCAGCAAGCCACAGUCAUGGGAGAAGUGCAAUAGCCGCAUAAGGAUCUUUAGCAUGCCAAUGAGCGACACAAUGGACUUUAUGGAAGCCUGUCGAAUGAACAAGGUGACGCCGCACGCAGGCCUGUACACAUGUAUCCUGGCAUCACUGUCGAACUCGUUUGGCAGUGAGGCACCGAUAAAGUUGCGCACCGCCACCGUCAUCAACCUGCGAAGGAUGUGCAAGUUGGACAAUAACGCCCCAGGCAUAUUCUUGGGCGCCAUCAAGCGAGACACAGUGAUCGAGCCACGUGCCCUUGACGACAUUCACAACUUUUGGGACGAGAGCAACAAGUACAAGAACUACCUGCGCAGCAACGCCAAGGAAUCACUAAGAUACGCCAACAUGAUGGAGUACAUCGCCGAGGACUUCCCCAAUCGUCUGCUCAACUACUGGACCAAGAACAUUGAGAACUAUCCGAUGGGCCAGGCCACCAGCUUCACCAUUAGCGACACGGGCAUAUUCAACGUGCCCGAAGGUGGUGAUUGGGCGCUCAUGGACUGCGCCAGCACACAGACUGCCAUCGUAAGCUGUGGCACACUACUCUUCACGAUGGCCGGUGUCAACACACUGGACCGAUACUCCAUCAGCAUGUCAUACCAACGCGGCACCAUCACCGAAGAGGAGGGUGACCUGAUCAUCGAGGGCAUCUUGCGGAGCAUGGGCAAGUAUGCCAGAGCAUCCAAGUCAAAGAUAUAA